UGAAGUAAAGUAUAAAAGAUGGACUCCUCAUUGACCAUCACACAAUCUACACUGAAGUCCUGAAAGUGAAGAUUUGACAGGAAGAUUCAUCAUGGCAGUCAUGAGAGCUCUUGUGCUUCUUUUCUUGGUCUUUUCUGUUGAGAGUGCAGCAGCUGAAAAGAAAUGCCCACAUGGAUGGACACCUUUUGAUGUGAAAUGCUACAAAUACUUCUCUCAUUAUGUUAACUGGGUCAGAGCUGAGAAAAACUGUCAAUCCGUUGGUGCAAAUCUUGCAUCUGUGCACAAUACAGCGGAAAACAACUUUCUCCUGAGUCUGCUUAGGUAUUCUGACACUCGUGCUUGGAUUGGUGGUCAUGAUGGUGAAAUUAAAGGAUCUUGGCUGUGGUCUGAUGGAUCUCAAAAUCACUUUACCGACUGGUGCUAUGGACAACCUGACAAUACUAGUGGUAGAGAGCACUGCCUGGAGAUAAACUUUAGCAAUGACCGUUGCUGGAAUGAUGAGCCCUGUUCAACCACAAUGAACUACAUUUGUGCCCAACCUAUGAGAUCGUGA